AUGGCUUCAGACGUGCCUUGUUGUGGGGCUGAAUUCUCAUUGUAUCUGUUGAUAAUAGUGGGAUUGGUGUGUUUUGCUGGAUUGAUGGCUGGACUAACACUGGGUCUCAUGUCUCUUGGCCUCGUCGACCUUGAAGUCCUCAUGAAGUCUGGCCGUCCUCAAGAUCGUAUCCAUGCCGCAAAGAUAUUUCCCGUGGUAAAAAACCAGCAUCUUCUUCUGUGUACUCUGUUGAUUGGAAACUCUAUGGCAAUGGAGGCUCUUCCCAUUUUUCUGGACAAGCUUGUGCCUCCAUGGGCUGCAAUUUUGGUAUCAGUGACUCUGAUCCUCAUGUUUGGCGAGAUAUUGCCACAAGCUGUCUGCACUCGUUACGGCUUGAAAGUUGGAGCUGCAAUGGCACCUUUUGUCCGUGUUCUUCUUUUUCUUUUCUUUCCAAUUUCUUAUCCUAUCAGCAAGGUUUUGGACUGGAUGUUGGGAAAGGGACACGCUGCCCUAUUACGAAGAGCAGAGUUAAAGACUUUUGUAGAUUUUCAUGGCAAUGAGGCUGGGAAAGGUGGGGAUCUAACUCAUGAUGAGACAACUAUCAUUGCCGGGGCACUUGAAAUGACUGAAAAGACUGCCAAAGUUGCCAUGACGCCAAUUUCAAAUGCAUUUUCCCUUGAUCUGGAUACAACUCUUGAUUUGGAAACAUUGAAUAAAGUAAUGACAAUGGGUCAUAGCAGAGUUCCAGUUUAUUGUGGAAACCCAACAAAUAUAAUUGGACUUGUUCUGGUUAAAAAUCUUUUAACAAUUGAUUCAGAAGGUCCAGUUCCGCUGAGAAAAAUAAUCGUAAGAAAAAUCCCACGGGUAUCAGAGGACAUGCCAUUGUACGAUAUUCUUAAUGAAUUCCAAAAAGGUCACAGUCACAUCGCUGUGGUAUAUAAGGAUCUCAAUAAGAGCAAGGAAAGACUUGAGUUUAAGGACAACUGCAAGACGCGAAGAGGCGAACCUGAGACAUCUAGAAAAGAUGAUCGUAAGAUUGGUGUAAGUAACCAAAAGUCGGGGCUUAAUUUGGACUCGCAAGAUUUUAAGACAUCUGUGACUAACAGUGAUGGAGGUCAGCAGGCAAAAAAGAGUCCACCAUCUACUCCUGCCUUUAAGAAGCGGCACAGAGGUUGUUCAUACUGCAUAUUGGACAUUAAAAAUGGCCCUAUUCCUGAAUUCCCAUCUCAUGAAGAGGUAGUUGGUGUUAUCACCAUGGAGGAUGUUAUCGAAGAACUUCUUCAGGAGGAGAUAUUAGACGAGACAGAUGAGUAUGUCAACAUCCACAACAGGAUAAAGAUUAACAUGCAUGCGUCUCAGGAAAAUUUUCCAAGUUUGAGUUCAAAACAACCAUUCACCAAUUGCAGUGGCAUCCCAACCCCUGUGUCACCAUUGCCAUCCGGACAUUAUCCUAUACAAUCCCCCGUGUCCCCCGACUUGGCAACCCCUGGUCCUGCUCCAACCCUUUCAGUAGCUGGUGGUACUUUGAAUACAGGUUCACCUGCUGCAACACUUCAAGUUCUGGGAGAAGAAUCGUUAAAGGAUAGGUGAACCUUCAGCUUCUUUUCCCAACAUGACAUGAUAGUUAAAUGCAUACUAAGAAAUAAAAACAUGAUAGUUACUCUGGUAAGAACCAACGACCGACCCUACUGCUGUAUUGUUGAUAAGAUACAUGCGAUCAUAUAGAGAACGGCUGCUUGUCUUUUGGUUUCUUGUCUAUGAACUCAUUUAUAGACAUCAUCCCAUAUAGAAUUAAAAAGAUAGAUCAUGAUUGUUGACUAAAGCCGGUUUGCAAUCUUCUCAGUAAACCUAUACACUUUCGAAUAGAAUAGGAUGAAGGUGGCAAGUAGAAUUGGAAGAAACAUAUAUACUUGUCAAAUUCAUGUAUCUAAUGCAAUGCGUAUAGUGCAAACAAUAUACAAAUGAAUACAAUGUUGUGUUUC